CCAGCCCAGUUGGCAUGGCUGGAGGAAGGACCAGGAGAUGAUGCAGUGGGGAAGGUGCUAUAAAGAAAACUUUUUCCCAGAAGUAUACAGCUUAUUUAUUUAUUUAUUUAUUUUGAGACAGAGUUUUGCUCUUGCUGCCUAGGCUAGAGUGCAGUGGCGUGAUCUUGGCUCACUGUAACCUCCACCUCCCAGGUUCAAGUGAUUCUCCCACCUCAGCUUCCCGAAUAGCUGGGAUUACAGGCGCCCACCACCAGGCCUGGCUAAUUUUUUUUUUUUGUAUUUUUAGUAGAGACGGGGUUUGGCCAUGCUGGCCAGGCUGGUUUCGAACUCCUGACCUCAGGUGAUCCUCCCGCCUCGGCCUCCCAAAGUGCUGGCAUCACGGGCAUGAGCCUCCGUGCCCGGCCGGUAACUGUAUUUUUCCUUCUGGGCACCCCAGAAUGGUGGGGUUGGGGGCAGGUUCUGGGAAGAGUCUGCUUCCAUUAGGGGGAAAGUGGAAAACGUCCCUAGGGGAGGGUGGCCCGCGCAAGGGCAUCGAUCCUGCCCUUGAACCGCAUGAUCCGGCCCCAGCUGCUCUUUCCCCCUACCCUGGACGCCUCCUGUUUCCUGUCUGGGCCUCCCCAGGCGCCCGGGCCCAAGGUGACCGCCUUUCAACUGCAACCGCUAAGCUGCGCCCACGGCGCACUGUGUCCGUCUCUCCCUCCUCCCUCAAUCCGGGAGUGCCCUUGGCAGCGGACACCUCCCGGAUUUUUCCGGGAGGAGAAGGGAAGCCGCUUCUCGGCUUGGCGUGGGGGCAGUGGUGCGCGGCUGGGAACCUCGCUGAGCCCAAGCAUUGGUAGGGAGACCCCAGCGGCCAGUAAGGCGGCUCCUGGCGCCCCCUCGGGCCGGAGCUGUGCGCUGCAAGGCUGGAUCGGAGGGAGGGCCCAGAGGCCUGAGGAGUCGCUGCCUGCCGGCUGGCACGACCAAGCGGGGCUGCCCGGGUCCCGAAAAGACGGCUUCGGGGGACACCUCACCAAGCGGCUAGUGGUUCAGAACCCCAGUCCGACGCGCUGCUGGGCCCAGUCUCCCGGACGAUGACGGGGACAUGGCUCUGAAAAAGUGCCAGGGUGCGCUCAGUAGAACCCAGCACCCAGAAUGGCCCCCCAGAGAGCGGGGCCGGGUCUAAGGAAGCCCUCUUCCAAGAAGUCCCGUGCCCUGAGGUGACUGGGCGCGCUAGCUGAUGAAACUGAGUGCCCAACCGAGGCGCCCCUUGUCCCGAGGGCGGGGCCAGGGCGGGGCGGGAGUCCUCCUGGCAGGUGCCGGGGGCGGUGCCCGGCCCUGCCCCCGGGGGCCGUUCCUGGAGGCCAGAGGCGGGUCAGAGAAGCGGCCGGUGCGGGCGACGCCUUGGAACCCACGGGCCGCCACUGCCGCCACAGGUGCCUCACAGUGCCCUCUGUCCUCGCUCUGGGAAUCAAAACCCCGGUUGGGAACUGAGGCUUCCGAACUGCUUCCAACCCUGGACACGAAGGCCCCCACCGGCCGGAGAACGAAACCCUGGGGUCAUCUGAAGAGGAGGGCCAGGAGUCCCCAGGGCCAGACAGCGAAGCCCCAGAGCUGCUGCGGAGCUGAACACCGAGGUCCCCAAGCCCUCCGCAAAGGACGUGGAGAUCCUGGAGCAAGAGAGCGAAGUCCUCGAGCCAUCAGUCGAGCAGGACGCAGAGAGCCCCGGGCUGUCCACAGCUGCGGGCUUUGAGAGUCCUGAGCCAGGCAGAGACGACCCUGGGCCGUCCGAAGCGCAAAGGGCGGAGUUCCAGGGGCAGCAUCCCCCUCCAGGCCCUAAGACCUCCUCCUCCAGGUCAGGCUCGGAAGCCCCCCACCUGCGUUUUCCGCCGUGCCCCGAGGCUCCCCAGCGUCCCCGGGAGGAGCGGUUCAUGGAGACGCCCAUCGAGCGCGAAAUCCGCCGCAGCUGCGAACGCGAGGAGAGCCUGCGCCGGAGCCGGGGCCUGAGCCCGGGCCGCGCAGGCCGUGAACUCGUCGAGCUGCGCGUGCGGCCGGUGCUCAACCUGCCGGGUCCUGGCCCCGCGCUCCCGCGCGCCCUGGAGCGGGCGCGGGCGGGCGCGCAGAUGCAGCGGGACAUCGAGCGGGAGGCCCACCGGCAGGCGGCGCUGGCGCGCCCCGCGGUCCCCGAGCCGCGCGCCCGGUCGCCGCCGCAGCCGCUGGGCGAACUCAAGCGCUUCUUCGAGGCCGCGGCGGGGAGCGGCUCCUCGGCGGGGGCGGGGGACGGCGCGGGCCCGCAGAGGCUGCCAGAGCCUGGGGGACGGCCGCGCUCGGCCGUGCAGGGCGGGUGCCCGGUGCUGGGCAGCGCCCCGCCGCCUUUCACUCCGUCACUGCUGGAGCAGGAGGUGCGCGCCGUGCGCGAGCGCGAGCAGGAACUGCAGCGCCAGCGGCGCAGCGUCUAUGGCACCGCGGAGUUCAAGGAGCCUACGCCGAGCCUCACCGGGGUGCGGCCGGCCUUUCAUCCUGGCUGCCGCCAGCUGGUGAGCUGAGCGCCCCUUCCCCCGCAGCGAGCAGGGGCGACGGAAAGUUGGCGGUGAUCUGGCCCCCCCGCAGAAAGGUCUCGGAGAACGGCCUGGAGCAGGUGGGAGCCCCCUUACCCGUGUGCCUCUAGCGCUUGUCGGUCCCCCGACCCCUCCGGUGCCAGGACGCUUGGUGGGGAAAAGUGCAUCCUCCCUGGAGGGCCACUCUGGUCAGAACUCAGUCUGGGACGCAUCCCCGGGGUGAAGAGGAGACGGUGGUCUUGAGGCCCAAACCGCCACCCCGAGCCUGGAUGCAGUGCGCAGGUCCCUGAGGCCGGCCUUCCUUCUGGCCCUCUGUCCCCAGGAGGAGCGCAAACCUUGAGGUUUGAAAAGGCUGGGACCCCCGGCCGGAAGUAACGUACGCGUCAGAGGAACAGGGCGGGGGGCGUCUAGCAUUAGGCCUGGAGAAGGGUCGGCUCUCUGCAUUGGGGAAGAUGAAAUCGACUUGCCUUUGUGAAAUUGACCAGCCCCCUCUAUAAAACUUACAGUCCCCCAUUGGGAAACUGACCACCACCCACAACUCCGCCAGUGAAACUGCCCAGCCCUUCUCUGCCUAAUUGCAAACUGAACUACCCUCUCCCUUGACUGUUAAGAGGGCCGGAGUUACCGCCUCGAUUGCCCCACUCCCCCCACCCCCAAUAAAGCCUCUUCUUUCAGGGCA